UUGGCCACAGCGUGUGCAGUGUUAUUUCUAUGUGACUCACGUACAUUAAACUCCAUAUUAUGGGUUGAAGUGUGCCACUGUUCAUUCCAACAUUGCAAUCUCAAGAAAUAAGCCCUUGAUGAGGGUCAGGGCCAGUGAAAACUGAGUCACUUCAGCAGUGACUAAUUUCACCACAUUCCGUGACUUCUAUUCAGGCAUUGCCAACGUGUCGCAUACUAGCCGCGCCCAUACUGUUGUUAAACGUGCUUCUUCAAAUUAUACACAUCUAGAGCAUGGAUUUCUUAUGCACGGUGCAUACCGUGAAUUUAUAAAUCUGUUUGUAUCGCCUCUUAUUGUGUGACACUAAGAUAAUGUAUUUUGUUUGUAACCUAUACUCGGAAACAUUAUAGUUUAUCUUGUUGGUACAGCGUCAUUUGGGGCUGUCAAAGAUGGCGCCGGUCAUAGAAAAUGUGGGGGUGAAUGGGUUUUUGUCAAAAAAGAAGGAAGAAGCAGAUAAUAAAGAAAAUUUAUGGUCAGCUAUACUAGGAGAUGUUCAGACAAGAGGGAAUACAAAGUUGCCAUCUUAUAAAUCUGUAUUAGUGUUAGGUGAUAAUGAAUCAGGGAAGACAACUUUAAUAGCCAAACUUCAGGGUGUAGAGGACCCAAAGAAAGGAUCGGGUUUGGAGUAUGCUUACAUAGAUGUCCGUGAUGAAUACAGAGAUGAUCACACUCGACUCAGCGUCUGGGUCUUGGAUGGAGAUCCCUCUCAUGCACAUCUCUUGCGAUUUGCACUGUCAGAGGAGAGUUUUCCACACACGCUUGUGAUGUUUGUAGUUGCCAUGACAACGCCUUGGGGAAUUUUAGAUCAGUUGCAGACGUGGGCUACUGUCUUGCAGGACCACAUUGACAGGUUAAAAAUCAACAUAGAUGAUUUACAAGAUGCCAGGCACAAGUAUGUAAAGAAAUGGCAAGAUUAUGUGGAACCUGGAGAUGAAUUGGAACAAGGAUCCCCAAUGAGGAGGACAUCUCGAAAUCUAGAUGAAGAAGGUGGUGACAUUCUGCCUUUAGGUGAUGGUGUACUUACAAGGAACCUAGGAUUAGAUGUGGUUGUAGUUGUUACAAAGACAGAUUAUAUGUCAACGUUAGAGAAGGAUUACGAUUAUCGUGAUGAACAUUUUGACUUUAUGCAACAGUGGAUUCGUCGGUUUUGCCUUCAGUAUGGAGCAGCAUUGUUUUAUACAUCAGCUAAAGAAGAUAAGAACUGUGAUCUGCUAUACAAAUACCUAACACACCGCAUUUAUGGGUUUCCCUUCCGUACGCCUGCGCUUGUUGUUGAGAAGGAUGCUGUGUUGAUUCCUUCUGGUUGGGAUAACAUGAAGAAAAUUAGCAUAUUGUAUGAGAAUAUGCAGAGCAUGAAGCCAGAUGACUAUUAUAGAGAUGUUAUAGUUCAGCCUGUUCUUAGAAAGCCUGUGACUCGAGAAUCAGAAACUCAGGCGGAAGACGAGCAAUCAUUCCUGACAAGGCAGUUGCAACUUCUGCAGCAGGGUGCCCCAAGUUUGCGACAGGAUUCUUCUCCAAUGAGGACACCAGCUGGAGUACAAAAGACAGGGGACAGACGGACUAGUGGUUCUCCUGGCGUACAAGGGCAGCUCGGCUCUCCAAAAAAGAUUGAUGGAAGUAAACCGGGUGUGGCUGGUAGCGGAGAAGGAGUACUUGCAAACUUCUUCAAUUCUCUUCUGCACAAGAAAACUGGAGCUGGAUCUCCAGCACCGAAAAUGUCAGCUGACCUUGCAAAUGAACGACCUCACACAUCUGUAGACAAGGCAGUUAUGCGCUCGGAUGCAGCAGCUGAGCUGGACCGACUAACCCGAGGCAAGAAGUCAUCUGUAUCACCAGAUCAGAGUUCAUCAGAUUGCUGAAACUCCGUGGUUACAAGUGGCUGGACCAAAAUGUAAUCUGGUAAACUAACCACUGGACAGGGUCAGCAGUGAAAAAAAUUAAGAAUGACCUGUGAGCCUGCAUUAAGGCCACUUGCUUUAUGUCUGAGAAUAUAUUUUGGUUCUGGAAAUAUUUUAGGUUUGAUUUAUAAAAUCCCUUGUACUUUUUCACUACCUACCCUUUCAAAAUAACACAUUAAUGUGUCAAUUUAUAAAUGGCUCUAUUCUUUAAUUGUAUAUAUUUAAUGCAACACAUUCUACUAAUGCAUUACAGUGCAUUUUGUGCUUCUUCUCCUUUUCCAAUUAAAUUAUAUAACUUAUGUUAGAAUUUUGUAACAAUACAAUGUAGCAUUUGUAGAAUGGGUAGGUGGAAGAAUAGUUGAAGGAUUUUUAGUCACCCAAAAAAUAAGACUAGACAUUGUUCUCUACAGUAACUGUGGCCUUAACUGAAUUUGUGGCCGGCAGCUGUGCAAUAGAAGCGCAACAGUAUGUGCAAGCGCCUGCCCCUUGGUGUAAUUAAUUAAAGCUGCUAACUGAUUCUCUUUGUGAAUAAUGCGUACCACAAUUAAAAUAUUUUCUAUUUAUUUUUUUCAUCCCUGUAAUGUGACGGUGUUCUCAAGUAACAGAUUACUCUGCACUUGGGCCUUGGCUUGUAGAGAAUUCUCCUCAUAUCAUACAGAGGAACAAUAUAUUUAUUGGCAGAUAAUAUGAUUCCAAAGAGACGCUAAUAUUGCUAAUCUACUCUGUUUAUUGUAGAAAGUGUGUAAGAGAGAGAAUGUAUGUGUGCAAGAAUUAUGUGAAAAGUGGAAAUUAAUUUUGUUUAUUUUGCUGUACAGUUUAACACAUGGCUUGUUAAUUGAGUCUUAUUAUAGUUGUUUUAGGAGCAAGAAGUUUUAAACAUUAUUCAAAUUGUUAUAAAAAUACAGUCUAUGCAAAUUUGAGCUGGAAGAGUCAAAAAUUCUUUUUUUCUUUCUUCCUUUUUUUUUUUUUUUUUAGGGUACUGGUUGAAUGUGUAUUUUUUGAAAAUGGUUGUUCAAAGCACACAUCAAAUAUAUUCAGCCAUUUGUUUGAAUAAUUAAAUAAUUUGAGAUUUCUUCCUCUUCUGAAACUUAUGAAAAUGUGCAGCUACAGAACAGCAUUUCUAUCUUGUAUUUUUUUUUUUUAUACUAAACCUCUGUGCGUACUGCACCUGGAAUUUCUAACGUCGCUUAAUGUCGUACUAUUUCUGCAACAGUUGUAUCCCAUCCAAAUGUUAUAGAUAUCUUGCUUUGCUGUAAUAAAAAAAUGAGAAUUGUUAAAAUAAUUCCAUAUUGUAAUUUCCGUAUCUUGCGAUUAACGCGUUUUCAACCUUGCAAGACAGUUGAGUAUGUAACUUUAAUACAUGUUCAUAGGAUGAGGCAAAGUAUUGAGGAAUGGGCUUGUGAAGUUUGUGUCCUGUCAAUAGUAUGUUAUUAUUUAUUGAAACAUACUUUCGACAGAAAUGGCUUCCUGUAUAGGAUGCAGAUGUUAUGUCUGAUGCAGGUAGCUGUCCCUUCACCAGGUGCACAGUUAAAGGAAAAUGAACAGCAAACUGUUUUUGUAAGAUCAGCCUUUAUUUCUGUGUGCCAGAAUUGUGUAAUCGCAUCUCGUUGAAAAGUUUUACAUGAGCUGAUACAUAUAUAACGGCCAUUAUUUAUGGAAAAGCAGAUAUUAUAUCAUUGUGAAAGCAUUCUUAUUUAAUUUGUUUGAAUAAUGCCAGCUUAUAAAACUAUUUGUGGCAAUGUUUCAGUUUAUGUGAGAUUAAAAAGGUGAGAGAAAACCUUCUGAAGUAGUUUGUAUUUUUCAUCAUCAAACUUUGUUCUAACAGUUAAUUUGGGUAGCAGAUGUACACAGUAUCAUGAAGACAGAAAUUAAAAUUAAAUUCUUUGAGACAUCAA